CUGCCUCAACCAUGUCUCAAUUUGCACCUGAGUCCUCCGACGCGAUUGCCAUCGGCACCAUUCGUGCCCUAGCGGCCGACAUUGUCGGCAAGGCUAACUCCGGCCACCCAGGUGCUCCUAUGGGUCUGGCUCCUGCGGCCCAUGUACUGUUCACCCGCUUCUUCACUGCUAACCCUAAGAACUCGAAGUGGUUCAACCGCGAUCGGUUUGUACUCUCGAACGGGCAUAGUUGUGCUCUGCAGUACACCCUCCUCCAUCUUUUGGGCUACAAGCUUUCUCUGGAUGACCUCAAGCAGUUCCGUCAACUUGACUCCUUGACCCCUGGUCACCCGGAGGCUGGCCACACCGACGGUAUCGAGCUCACUACCGGGCCCCUUGGGCAGGGUAUCUCGAACGCCGUCGGUCUUGCCAUCGCCCAGGCUCACCUCGGGGCUACCUAUAACAAGGACGGCUUCGAUCUCAUCAACAAUUACACCUAUGUGUUCGCUGGUGAUGGCUGUCUCAUGGAGGGUGUUGCUAGCGAGGCCGCUUCGCUUGCUGGUCACUUGCAAUUGGGCAACCUCAUUGUGAUCUACGACGACAACCACAUCUCUAUCGAUGGUGACACUGCCGUUGCGUUCACUGAGAACGUCGAGCUGCGUUUCCAGGCGUACGGGUGGCACACCUUGCACGUCGACAACGGUGACAGCGACCUUGCCGGUAUCUACAACGCGAUCGCCGAGGCGCAGAAAGUCAAGGACAAGCCCACCCUUAUUCGUCUCCGUACCACCAUCGGCUACGGCUCUAAGCAGCAGGGCACUCAUGGUGUCCACGGCUCUCCUCUCAAGGCCGAUGAUAUCCAGCAGCUCAAGACCAAGUUUGGCCUGCCUGCUGAUCAGUCAUUCUACGUUCCCCAGGAGACCUACGACGCGUACCAUGCUGUGGCCUCCAAGGGUGCCAAGGCCGAGGCCGCUUGGAACGCCCUCCUCGCGUCCUAUGGCCAGAAGUACCCUAAGGAGCACGCUGAGCUCACCCGCCGCAUCGCCGGCAAGCUCCCCGACGGUUGGGAAAAGGCGUUGCCCGUGUACAAGCCCUCCGAUCCCGCGCAGGCUUCCCGUAAACUUUCCGAGAUUGUGCUGUCUGCGAUCGUCCCUGUAUUCCCUGAGCUCGUUGGCGGUUCGGCCGACUUGACGGGCUCGAACCUCACACGCACGAAGACGAUGAUUGACUUCCAGCCCGAGAGCACUGGUCUUGGCUCAUAUAAGGGCACCUACAUCCGUUUUGGUGUCCGUGAGCACGGUAUGGGUGCUAUUGCCAAUGGUCUGCACGCGUAUGGCGGUAUCAUCCCCUUCGUUGCCACCUUCUUGAACUUCGUCUCAUACGCCGCCGGUGCGGUGCGGUUGUCGGCGCUGAGCGGGCACCAGGUGAUAUGGGUUGCCACACACGAUUCCAUCGGUCUGGGUGAGGACGGCCCCACCCACCAACCCGUCGAAACCGCUGCGCACUUCCGCGCCCUCCCCAACCUGGACUUCUGGCGCCCCGCUGACGGCAACGAGACGUCCGCGGCAUACUACUCUGCGCUCACGCGCAAGCACACGCCCUCGAUCCUUUCGCUCUCGCGUCAGAACCUGCCGAACCUCGAAGGCUCGACGCUCGAGAACGCGCUCAAGGGCGGGUACGUCGUGCACGAGGUGCAGGGCGAGGACCUCACGAUCGUCUCGUCCGGCUCUGAGGUGUCGAUCGCGCUGGAAGCGGCGGUGCAGCUGCAGAGCGAGGGUAUCAAGACGAGGAUCGUAUCGCUGCCGUGCUGGAGCGUGUUCGACCAGCAGCCGCAGGAGUACAGGCUGAGCGUGCUGCGCAGCGGCGCGCCGAUCUUGGCCGUUGAGGCGUUGUCGACCCUCGGGUGGGCCAAGUACAGCCACGAGCAGUACGGCCUUACGACCUUUGGCGCGUCCGGCCCGUACAAGAAGGUGUACGAGAAGUUUGGCCUCACUGGUCCCAACAUUGCCGAGCUCGGUAAGAAGGUCGUCACCUUCUACAAGCAGAAGGGCGGUGAGGUCGUCUCGCCUCUCGUCAAGGCCAUUUGAAGCGAUACCUCUGGAUGGCCCACAACCACUCGAGCUGACUGGAGCGGGUUCGUACUUGGGGCUCAAUAGAGUAAUAGCAAAGUAGAUUGAAGUCUGUAUGCAUGUAAUCCCGCGGUAUAUAGAGCACGGUAUGAUUCGCACUUCUC